CAACAGGCAUGGCCUGCUGAAGACCCAAUACCUGCGGCCUCUGAGAGGGGGCAACACUGGAGGAUGGGGAGGAUGUCUCAAGGGCCUGGGCACAUGGGACGCCAUGAAGAAGGGCAUGAUUCUCUGUGAAGAAGUAACCAGGAGCAAAGAGUCCGACCCCCAUCUCAGCCUCAGAAGAGCCACACAAUGGCAGACUCCCAGAUGGCCGACUUUGGGGAGGCUGCCCCAUACCUGCGGAAGUCAGAGAAGGAGCGUCUGGAGGCCCAGACUCGGCCUUUUGACAUCCGCACUGAGUGCUUCGUGCCGGACGACAAGGAGGAGUUUGUCAAGGCCAAGAUUGUGUCUCGGGAGGGGGGCAAGGUCACUGCUGAAACGGAGAAUGGAAAGACAGUGACAGUGAAGGAGGACCAGGUGAUGCAGCAGAACCCACCCAAGUUCGACAAGAUCGAGGACAUGGCCAUGCUGACUUUCCUGCAUGAGCCUGCAGUGCUGUACAACCUCAAGGAGCGCUACGCGGCCUGGAUGAUCUACACCUACUCCGGCCUCUUCUGCGUCACUGUCAACCCCUACAAGUGGCUGCCAGUGUAUAACUCUGAUGUGGUGGCCGCCUACCGGGGCAAGAAGAGGAGUGAGGCCCCACCCCACAUCUUCUCCAUCUCCGACAACGCCUACCAGUACAUGCUGACGGAUCGGGAGAACCAGUCCAUCCUCAUCACAGGAGAAUCUGGAGCAGGGAAGACUGUGAACACAAAGCGUGUCAUCCAGUACUUCGCCAGCAUUGCAGCCAUAGGUGACCGUGGCAAGAAGGACAAUCCCAGUGCAAACAAGGGCACCCUGGAGGACCAGAUCAUCCAGGCAAACCCUGCCCUGGAGGCCUUUGGCAAUGCCAAGACCGUGCGGAAUGACAACUCCUCCCGCUUUGGGAAAUUCAUCAGGAUCCAUUUUGGAGCCACCGGAAAGCUGGCUUCCGCAGACAUAGAGACCUGUGAGUACCUGGGCAUCUGUUCAUCCCCUGGGUCCUCCUCCUUUGCCUCAUUUUCCAGCUGCGGUCAAUCUCUUCAUUCCUUCCAUCAUCUUUUCAGGUAUAUACACCACCCUUUUGCUGGCUUUACUCUCUUUCCUUCCUCACAUGUCCUCCUCCCUCCCCCUACUUCAGAUCUGCUGGAGAAGUCUAGGGUGAUCUUCCAGCUAAAGGCUGAGAGGAACUACCACAUCUUCUACCAGAUCCUGUCCAACAAGAAGCCAGAGCUGCUGGACAUGCUGCUGGUCACCAACAAUCCCUACGACUAUGCCUUCGUAUCUCAGGGAGAGGUGUCCGUGGCUUCCAUCGAUGACUCCGAGGAGCUCAUGGCCACUGAUAGUGCCUUUGACGUACUGGGCUUCACUCCGGAGGAGAAAGCCGGUAUCUACAAGCUGACGGGCGCCAUCAUGCACUACGGCAACAUGAAGUUCAAGCAGAAGCAGCGGGAGGAGCAGGCAGAGCCAGACGGCACCGAAGAUGCAGACAAGUCUGCCUACCUUAUGGGGCUGAACUCUGCCGACCUGCUCAAGGGACUGUGCCACCCUCGGGUGAAAGUGGGCAAUGAGUACGUCACCAAGGGGCAGAGUGUACAGCAGGUGUAUUACUCCAUUGGCGCACUGGCCAAGGCAGUGUAUGAGAAGAUGUUCAACUGGAUGGUGGGGCGCAUCAACGCCACCCUGGAGACUAAGCAGCCACGUCAGUACUUCAUAGGGGUCCUCGACAUCGCUGGCUUCGAGAUCUUCGACUUCAACAGCUUCGAGCAGCUCUGCAUCAACUUCACCAACGAGAAGCUGCAGCAGUUCUUCAACCACCACAUGUUUGUGCUGGAGCAGGAGGAGUACAAGAAGGAGGGCAUCGAGUGGGAGUUCAUCGACUUCGGCAUGGACCUGCAGGCCUGCAUUGACCUCAUUGAGAAGCCCAUGGGCAUCAUGUCCAUCCUAGAGGAGGAGUGCAUGUUCCCCAAGGCCACCGACAUGACCUUCAAGGCCAAGCUGUAUGACAACCAUCUGGGCAAGUCCAACAACUUCCAGAAGCCACGCAAUGUCAAGGGAAAGCAGGAGGCCCACUUCUCCCUGGUGCACUAUGCAGGCACCGUGGACUACAACAUCCUGGGCUGGCUGGAAAAGAACAAAGACCCACUCAAUGAAACAGUGGUGGGCCUGUACCAGAAAUCCUCGCUCAAGCUCAUGGCCACACUCUUCUCCUCCUAUGCUUCUGCUGACAGCGGGGACAGUGGUAAAGGCAAAGGAGGCAAGAAAAAAGGCUCAUCCUUCCAGACGGUGUCUGCUCUCCACCGGGAAAAUCUGAAUAAGUUGAUGACCAAUCUGAGGACCACCCACCCUCACUUCGUGCGCUGCAUCAUCCCCAAUGAACGGAAAUCUCCAGGGGUGAUGGACAAUCCCCUCGUGAUGCACCAGCUGCGCUGCAACGGUGUGCUGGAGGGCAUCCGCAUCUGCAGGAAGGGCUUCCCCAACCGCAUCCUCUACGGAGACUUCCGGCAGAGGUAUCGUAUCCUGAACCCAGCGGCCAUUCCCGAGGGGCAGUUCAUUGACAGCAGGAAAGGGGCAGAGAAGCUGCUGAGCUCCCUGGAUAUUGACCACAACCAGUACAAGUUCGGCCACACCAAGGUAUUCUUCAAGGCGGGGCUGCUGGGGCUGCUGGAGGAGAUGCGGGAUGAGCGGCUGAGCCGCAUCAUCACACGCAUUCAGGCACAGUCCCGGGGCCAGCUCAUGCGCAUUGAGUUCAAGAAGAUUGUGGAACGCAGGGAUGCCCUGCUGGUAAUCCAGUGGAACAUUCGGGCCUUCAUGGGUGUCAAGAACUGGCCAUGGAUGAAGCUCUACUUCAAGAUCAAGCCACUGCUGAAGAGUGCAGAGACAGAGAAGGAGAUGGCCACCAUGAAGGAGGAGUUCGGGCGCAUCAAAGAUACGCUGGAGAAGUCCGAGGCUCGCCGCAAGGAGCUGGAGGAGAAGAUGGUGUCGCUGCUGCAGGAGAAGAAUGACCUGCAGCUCCAAGUGCAGGCGGAACAAGACAACCUCAAUGAUGCUGAGGAGCGCUGCGACCAGCUGAUCAAGAACAAGAUCCAGCUGGAGGCCAAGGUGAAGGAGAUGAAUGAGAGGCUGGAGGAUGAGGAGGAGAUGAACGCAGAGCUCACUGCCAAGAAGCGAAAGCUGGAAGAUGAGUGCUCAGAGCUUAAGAAGGACAUUGAUGACCUGGAGCUGACCCUGGCCAAGGUGGAGAAGGAGAAGCAUGCAACAGAGAACAAGGUGAAGAAUCUGACAGAGGAGAUGGCUGGGCUGGAUGACAUCAUCGCCAAGCUGACCAAGGAGAAAAAAGCUCUGCAAGAGGCCCACCAGCAAGCCCUGGAUGACCUUCAGGCUGAGGAAGACAAGGUCAACACCCUGACCAAGUCUAAGGUCAAGCUGGAGCAGCAGGUGGAUGAUCUGGAGGGAUCCCUGGAGCAGGAGAAGAAGGUGCGCAUGGACCUGGAGCGGGCAAAGCGGAAGCUGGAGGGCGACCUGAAGCUGACCCAGGAGAGCAUCAUGGACCUGGAGAAUGACAAGCAGCAGCUGGAAGAAAAGCUCAAAAAGAAGGAGUUUGACAUUAAUCAGCAGAACAGUAAGAUUGAGGAUGAGCAGGCACUGGCUCUUCAGCUCCAGAAGAAACUGAAGGAAAACCAGGCCCGCAUCGAGGAGCUGGAGGAGGAGCUGGAGGCAGAGCGCACCGCCCGCGCCAAGGUGGAGAAGCUGCGCUCAGACCUGUCCCGGGAGCUGGAGGAGAUCAGCGAGAGGCUGGAGGAGGCCGGCGGGGCCACGUCCGUGCAGAUCGAGAUGAACAAGAAGCGCGAGGCCGAGUUCCAGAAGAUGCGGCGCGACCUGGAGGAGGCCACGCUGCAGCACGAGGCCACGGCCGCCGCGCUGCGCAAGAAGCACGCGGACAGCGUGGCCGAGCUCAGCGAGCAGAUCGACAACCUGCAGCGGGUGAAGCAGAAGCUGGAAAAGGAGAAGAGCGAGUUCAAGCUGGAGCUGGACGAUGUCACCUCCAACAUGGAGCAGAUCAUCAAGGCCAAGGCAAACUUGGAGAAGGUGUCUCGGACGCUGGAGGACCAGGUCAAUGAGUACCGCAUGAAGCUGGACGAGGCCCAGCGCACCCUCAAUGACUUCACCACCCAGCGAGCCAAACUGCAGACCGAGAAUGGAGAGUUGGCCCGGCAACUGGAAGAAAAGGAGGCGCUGAUCUCACAGCUCACCCGAGGCAAGCUGUCCUACAACCAGCAGCUGGAGGACCUCAAGAGACAACUGGAGGAGGAGGGCAAGGCCAAGAACGCCCUGGCCCACGCGCUGCAGUCGGCCCGGCAUGACUGUGACCUGCUGCGGGAGCAGUACGAGGAGGAGACGGAGGCCAAGGCCGAGCUGCAGCGGGUGUUGUCCAAGGCCAACUCGGAGGUGGCCCAGUGGAGGACCAAGUAUGAGACGGACGCCAUCCAGCGCACAGAGGAGCUGGAGGAGGCCAAGAAGAAGCUGGCCCAGCGGCUGCAGGAUGCCGAGGAGGCAGUGGAGGCUGUCAACGCCAAGUGCUCAUCACUCGAGAAGACCAAGCACCGGCUGCAGAACGAGAUCGAGGACCUGAUGGUGGACGUGGAACGCUCCAAUGCCGCCGCUGCAGCCCUGGACAAGAAGCAGAGGAACUUUGACAAGAUCCUGGCCGAGUGGAAGCAGAAGUACGAGGAGUCACAGUCGGAGCUGGAGUCGUCCCAGAAGGAGGCGCGCUCCCUGAGCACCGAGCUGUUCAAGCUCAAGAAUGCGUAUGAGGAGUCGCUGGAGCAUCUGGAGACCUUCAAGCGGGAGAACAAGAACCUGCAGGAGGAGAUCUCAGACUUGACUGAACAGCUGGGAGAAGGAGGAAAGAAUGUGCACGAGCUGGAGAAGAUCCGCAAGCAGCUGGAGGUGGAGAAGCUGGAGCUGCAGGCGGCCCUGGAGGAGGCCGAGGCCUCCCUGGAGCACGAGGAGGGCAAGAUCCUCCGCGCCCAGCUAGAGUUCAACCAGAUUAAGGCAGAGAUCGAGCGGAAGCUGGCAGAGAAGGACGAGGAGAUGGAGCAGGCCAAGCGCAACCACCUGCGGGUGGUGGACUCGCUGCAGACCUCUCUGGAUGCGGAGACGCGCAGCCGCAAUGAGGCACUGCGGGUGAAGAAGAAGAUGGAGGGUGACCUCAAUGAGAUGGAGAUCCAGCUCAGCCAGGCCAACAGAACAGCGUCAGAAGCCCAGAAGCAUCUGAAGAUCGCCCAAGCACAUCUGAAAGACACCCAGAUCCAGCUGGAUGACGCGGUCCGGGCCAACGAUGACCUGAAGGAGAACAUCGCCAUCGUGGAGCGGCGCAACACACUGCUGCAGGCGGAGCUGGAAGAGCUUCGCGCUGUGGUGGAGCAGACGGAGAGGUCUCGGAAGCUGGCUGAGCAGGAGCUGAUCGAGACCAGUGAGCGGGUGCAGCUGCUGCACUCCCAGAACACCAGCCUCAUCAACCAAAAGAAGAAGAUGGAGUCAGACCUGACCCAGCUCCAGACUGAAGUAGACGAGGCCGUGCAAGAGUGCAGGAACGCUGAGGAGAAGGCCAAGAAGGCCAUCACGGACGCCGCCAUGAUGGCGGAGGAGCUGAAGAAGGAGCAGGACACGAGCGCCCACCUGGAGCGCAUGAAGAAGAACAUGGAGCAGACCAUUAAGGACCUGCAGCACCGGCUGGACGAGGCUGAGCAGAUCGCCCUCAAGGGUGGCAAGAAGCAGCUGCAGAAGCUGGAGGCCCGAGUGCGGGAGCUGGAGAAUGAGCUGGAGAGUGAGCAGAAGCGCAACGCGGAAUCAGUCAAGGGCAUGAGGAAGAGUGAGCGGCGCAUCAAGGAGCUCACCUACCAGACCGAGGAGGACAGGAAGAACCUGCUGCGGCUGCAGGACCUGGUGGACAAGCUGCAGCUGAAGGUCAAGGCCUACAAGCGCCAGGCGGAGGAGGCGGAGGAGCAGGCCAACACCAACCUGUCCAAGUUCCGCAAGGUGCAGCAUGAGCUCGAUGAGGCGGAGGAGCGGGCAGACAUUGCCGAGUCCCAAGUCAACAAGCUGCGGGCCAAGAGCCGCGACAUUGGCACCAAGCAAAAAAUGCACGAUGAAGAGUGACCAUGUCUGCAGAAACUCGCUGUGGCUCAAGAACAAUAAACACGAAUAUCUGACCCUGCA